ACUUGUUGUGUCGUCGACGUGUAAACCGCCGUUGUAAUCUGUAAGUUUUUUUUUUCCGUUCCUUCACCCGCGGUUUCGUCGUUGAUCGGCAAAACGGUCGUCGUUUGCGUACUCCCCGCACGUGAGCUUGUGUGUUUACGAGAACGACGGUGAAUUAACACGUAGGAUCGGGGGAUCGAUCGGAACCAGGAACUUCGAUUCAAACUCGUACGCGGCUAUCGCGUUCGCGUCUGCCCGUCCAACGACGACGGGCGGCGAGCAUACUCGUCGAUCGAGCUGAGAAGUUUUUCAUCUGGUGGUCCGUUUCGGAGGGUAGGGUAUUCGCCGAUAAACGCGGCCCCGUUGGUGAGGAUUCGCGGAGUGCAACCCGGUCCCAGCGCGAGACCAACCGCCGGUAAACGCACACGGCCGCUCUGUAUUUCGCGAUAUUCUCUCUGUUCCCUAUCGCUCUCGGGCACGUUCGCCGGUCGAAAACGUCACGUGUGGUGCCGGACGACCAGCAUAUGCGAGAGUAAAAAACCGUACGCGCUACGUACUCCCGCACAACAGUGGACCAGGAGAACGCUCGGAUCGGAUACAUGUAACCGUGCUUGGACAUCGGUGAUCAUCGCUCGUGAGACGUGCUGUGUCACCGCGUCCCGACGACAGUAAGGAGAGGCUCUUACACGAUGUAUGUAUACGCCAAUUCGUUCAGUGUCCAUAAAUCUUGCUGAACUGCAAGGUGUGGCUCCCUGGAGAUCGGCGAGGAACGCCAGCGUCGGGUCGCAAUGAUGGAGUCCCUGUGCCAGGUGAACGGCACCAAGACCAAUGGCGGGAACGAGAACAGCAACAGCAACGCGAACAACAACCCGGACUGUCCAGAUCCCCAGCAGAGGUUGGCGGUGCUCAGCUUCGAGCAGGUUCGUCGGUUGAACGACGUGAUGAACGAGAUGGUGUGCAUCCACGGUAGAGGCAACUUUCCCACUCUGGAGGUCCGACUUAGGGACCUGGUGACCGUGGUGCGCAGCAAACUGGAGUCGGACCCGAGCAACGGCGGGGCUGGGAUGAGGGUACGUGACAUACGGUUGAACGGGGGCGCCGCGUCUCACGUUCUGGCGACGGAAUCGCAGCCGUACAACGACCUGGACCUGAUAUUCGCGGUGGAGCUGUCCAGCGGGCGUAACUACGACAAGGUGAAGGCCGCGGUGCUUGGCUCGCUGUUCGACCUGCUGCCCGAAGGCGUGAGUCGCAAGCGUAUCACCACGUGCAGCUUGAAGGAGGCGUACGUCAGCAAGAUGGUGAAAGUGAACAACGACGGCGACAGGUGGUCCCUGAUCUCCCUGGGCAAUUCACGGGGUCACAGGAACGUCGAGCUGAAGUUCGUCGACUCGAUGAGGCGGCAGUUCGAGUUCUCGGUAGACUCGUUUCAAAUAGUACUCGACUCCCUAUUGCUGUUCUACGAGUGCAGCAAGCUGCCGAUCGGCGAGAACUUUUACCCGACGGUGGUGGGCGAGUCCGUCUACGGUGACUUCCAGGAGGCACUCUACCACUUACACAAGAAACUGAUCUCGACGAGGCAUCCGGAGGAGAUACGCGGCGGCGGUCUCCUAAAGUACUGCAACCUGCUCGUGAAGAUGUACAAACCCUCCCAGCCCGACUACAUAAAGACCCUCGAGCGAUAUAUGUGCUCGAGAUUCUUCAUCGACUUCCCGGACAUCAGCCAGCAACGCGCCAAGCUGGAGAACUACCUGUGGAAUCAUUUCGUGGGACCGGAAGAGGAGGCCCUCAAGUACCCAUACCUGAUACUGCUCCACAACGUGGUGGAGGAGUCGACCGUGUGCCUGAUGGGACACGAGAGACGACAGACCCUGGUGCUGAUCGACAGCCUCGCGUACCAGGUACUCUGCCAGGAGCAGCAGCAACGGCUGACCAGCCAUCAACAGGCGCCACCCGGUCCGCCGGCCACCUACGUUUACGCGAACGGCUAUUACUACGCUCCCGUGAUACCCACCGCGUGCUACACGUGCACCUGCAACUCGUGGAUGGCGUGCUCGUCGUGAUGCGACCCCGACGCCAACGCCAUCACCACCGCUACGACCACGGUCACCGACGUCCGCGGCACGAUCGACGCCAGGCGUCCACGACACGCUCGACACCGUCGUCCCUGCGUCCUCGAGGUACUCGGGGACGAAACGUCGACCUUGAGCGACUCGAUCCUCAGUUGACGCUGGAGCGUGACGCGGACGGACGAAGAGGAGCUAGCUUGAGCACGGUAUUCUCCGUAUUCGUCGUCGUUGGGGGUCGUCGGUGACAGUGACCAGGGUCGAAGGAAGACUGAUGACAUACCGGGGGGAAAAGACGACGGGUGCGUCUCUUCUUUUUCCCCCGGACACGCGGUGGACGCGCUCAGUUGUCGCGGGAGGACCAAACGCGACGGUAGCUUUGUACUACGGUCGUAGGGGAUCAACUGAGAGACUACAAGACUCCAAGCGAAACGAAUACAAAGUAACAAUUGUGUUGUGUGCCUAACAUUCGAGCGAGAGACAGAAAGGGAAUGCAUAUAUAUUAUAUAUACACACAUAUAUAUAUAUAUACACACACUUACACGCGCGAAUAAAUGAGGGGAUCGUCCGAUGAGACUCCGAUGGUCGAUGGACGCUCUUCAGGACGCGCGUAGUUUCACGGUGAGAGACUGUGCGCGCGCGUGUUGGUCAUUCCCAACGAGAGGGACGGAUUUCGAGAUCCCGCGGUCGAAGAGGAACGCGGAGGAAACACGGGGGAUGGAGAUCACGGGCGACUUGGACGGAGCGCGCACUCGCGAGAGAAUCACGACUGAAAAUUCACGGAAGCGUCUCGCCGGGCGCUCCGGUCGUCCCCCUUUGAACCUUCAUUUCUUAUUUUUUUUUUCCAGAAACAGAAAACCAGAGAAAACGUAAAAAAAAAAUAAAGAUAUAAUAAUAAAUAAAAAACACAUGUUUCGAGUAACGCGUGCCGAGAACAGACGAAGGUAGUGGUAAUAACGGAUCACAGACGGACAAAAAAAUGAAAAAGUAACCGGGCGUGGCGUUUGCAAACAAAAAAUAUUAUAAAUAUAUAAAUAUAUAUUUAAAUAUAUAAAUACAUGUAUAAAAAUCUAUGUAUAAAUAUUAAUGUGUGGCUGUGAACACAUUUCAUUUAGAUACUAUGUAACGUGAUAAGAUUGAAAUCGAGGACGAGCGGCGCGCGAUCGGUGCGACACGGAGU